AUGGACAAGCUGCCGCCGUCCAUGCGCCAGCGGCUCUACAGCCUCCCGCAGCAGGUGGGGGCCAAGGCGUGGAUCAUGGACGAGGACGAGGACGCCGGGGAGGAGGCGGCGGGCGGCCGCCGGGACCCCGGGCGCAGGAGCAUCCGGCUGCGGCCGCUGCCCUCGCCCUCGCCCUCGCCCUCGGAGCCCCGGGGCGCGGCCCCCGGGGCGGCGGCGGACGGCGAGGGGCCGGCCCGCGGCGCGGGCAAGUCCAGCACCAACGGCGACUGCCGGCGCUUCCGCGGGAGCCUGGCCUCGCUGGGCAGCCGGGGCGGCGGCGCGGGGGGCGGCGGCCACGCGCACCCGCACGGCUCCGCCGAGGAGCGGCGGCUCAUCGCCGAGGGCGACGCGUCCCCCGGCGAGGACAGGACGCCCCCGGGCCUGGCCGGCGAGCCCGAGCGCCCCGGCGCCCCGGGGCCGCCCGCCGCCUCGCCGCCGCCGCCGCCGGCCUCCGCCUCCUGCGAGCCGCCCCCGGCGGACGCGGCGAUCAAAGUGGAGGGAGGCGCGGCCGCCGCCGGGGACCAGAUCCUCCCCGAGGCCGAGGUGCGCCUGGGCCAGGCCGGCUUCAUGCAGCGCCAGUUCGGGGCCAUGCUCCAGCCCGGGGUCAACAAAUUCUCCCUGCGGAUGUUCGGCAGCCAGAAGGCGGUGGAGCGCGAGCAGGAGCGGGUGAAGUCGGCCGGGUUCUGGAUCAUCCACCCCUACAGCGACUUCAGGUUUUACUGGGACCUGACGAUGCUGCUGCUGAUGGUGGGAAACCUGAUCAUCAUCCCUGUGGGCAUCACCUUCUUCAAGGAUGAGAACACCACGCCCUGGAUCGUCUUCAACGUGGUGUCCGACACCUUCUUCCUCAUCGACCUGGUCCUCAACUUCCGCACAGGGAUCGUGGUGGAGGACAACACCGAGAUCAUCCUGGACCCGCAGCGGAUCAAGAUGAAGUACCUCAAGAGCUGGUUCGUGGUGGAUUUCAUCUCCUCCAUCCCCGUGGACUACAUCUUCCUCAUCGUGGAGACGCGCAUCGACUCCGAGGUCUACAAGACGGCCCGGGCCCUGCGCAUCGUGCGCUUCACCAAGAUCCUCAGUCUCCUGCGUCUCCUGCGCCUCUCCCGCCUCAUCCGCUACAUUCACCAGUGGGAGGAGAUCUUCCACAUGACCUACGACCUGGCGAGCGCGGUGGUCCGCAUCGUGAACCUCAUCGGUAUGAUGCUGCUCUUGUGCCACUGGGACGGCUGCCUGCAGUUCCUGGUGCCCAUGCUGCAGGACUUCCCCGACGACUGCUGGGUGGCCAUCAACGACAUGGUGAACCACUCGUGGGGGAAGCAGUACUCGUACGCGCUCUUCAAGGCCAUGAGUCACAUGCUGUGCAUCGGCUACGGGCGGCAGGCGCCCGUGGGCAUGUCGGACGUGUGGCUCACCAUGCUUAGCAUGAUCGUGGGCGCCACCUGCUAUGCCAUGUUCAUCGGCCACGCCACCGCGCUCAUCCAGUCUCUGGACUCCUCCCGGCGCCAGUACCAGGAGAAGUACAAGCAGGUGGAGCAGUACAUGUCGUUCCACAAGCUGCCGCCCGACACGAGGCAGCGCAUCCACGACUACUACGAGCACCGCUACCAGGGCAAGAUGUUCGACGAGGAGAGCAUCCUGGGGGAGCUGAGCGAGCCCCUGCGGGAGGAGAUCAUCAACUUUAACUGCCGCAAGCUGGUGGCCUCCAUGCCGCUCUUUGCCAAUGCUGACCCCAACUUCGUGACGUCCAUGCUGACCAAGCUGCGCUUCGAGGUCUUCCAGCCCGGGGACUACAUCAUCCGAGAGGGCACCAUCGGCAAGAAGAUGUACUUCAUCCAGCACGGCGUGGUCAGCGUGCUCACCAAGGGCAACAAGGAGACCAAGCUGGCCGACGGCUCCUACUUCGGAGAGAUCUGCCUGCUGACGCGGGGCCGGCGCACGGCCAGCGUGAGGGCGGACACCUACUGCCGCCUGUACUCGCUGAGCGUGGACAACUUCAACGAGGUGCUGGAGGAGUACCCCAUGAUGCGGCGCGCCUUCGAGACGGUGGCGCUGGACCGCCUGGACCGCAUCGGCAAGAAGAACUCCAUCCUCCUGCACAAGGUGCAGCACGACCUCAACUCGGGCGUGUUCAACUACCAGGAGAACGAGAUCAUCCAGCAGAUCGUGCAGCACGACCGCGAGAUGGCUCACUGCGCGCACCGCGCCCAGGCGGCCUCGGCGCCCGCGCCCGCGCCCGCGCCGCUCAUCUGGACGCCGCUGGUCCAGGCGCCGCUGCAGGCGGCCGCGGCCACCACGUCGGUGGCCAUCGCGCUCACGCACCACCCGCGCCUGCCGGCCGCCGUGUUCCGCCCGCCGCCCGGGCCCACGCCGCGCCACCGCGCGCGCCUGCACUCGCUGGCCCCCGCCGCGCUGGGCGCCGCCUCGCCCGCCAGCAGCCCGUCGCAGCUGGACACGCCGUCCUCCUCGUGCUUCCACAUCCAGCAGCUGGCCGGCUUCGCGGCGCCCGCCGGCCUGAGCCCGCUGCUGCCCGCGCCCGGCGCCUCGUCCCCCGCCGCGCCCGCGGGCUUCGGCCCCUUCCACCGGGCGCUGGGCGGCUCCGUGUCCUCGUCCGACUCGCCCCUGCCCACGCCGCCGCAGCCCGGCGCGCGCUCCCCGCAGGCCGGCCCGGCCCCGCCGCCGCUGCCCGGGGCCCGCGGGGCGCCCGGACUCCUGGAGCCCUUCCUGCCGCCGCCGCCGCCCGCCGCGCGGUCCCCGGCCUGCAGCCCCGGGCAGCUGGGCCAGCCCCCCGGGGAGCCGGGCACCCCAGAGACGCCCCCGCGGCAGCCGGAGCGCGCGGGCUUCGGGGGCGCCUCGCCCGUCGCCGCCCCCUCCCCGCGCGCCGGCCCCAGCCCCGCGGGCCACAGCCCCGGCCCCCCCAGGACCUUCCCCGGGCCCCCGCCGCGCGCCUCCGGCUCGCACGGCUCCUUGCUGCUGCCCCCCGCCUCCAGCCCGCCGCCCCCGCAGGUGCCGCAGCGCAGGGGGACCCCGCCCCUGACCCCCGGGGGCCGCCUCACCCAGGACCUCAAGCUCAUCUCGGCCUCCCAGCCGGCCCUGCCCCAGGACGGGGCGCAGACUCUGCGCCGGGCGUCCCCGCACUCUUCCGGGGAGUCGGUGGGGGGCUUCCCGCCCUUCCCCAGGGCCGGGGGCAGCGGCGGGGGCCUGGGCGCGCCCGGGAGGCCCCAUGGUGCCGCCCCGGGCCAGCUGCACGUCACCCUGCCUCGGAAGACAUCCUCAGGUUCUCUGCCACCCCCCCUCUCCUUGUUUGGGGCCAGGCCCGCCGCCCCUGCGGGCGCCCCGGGGCCUGGAGCGGAGCCGGUGCGCUCCAAACUGCCGUCCAACCUCUGAGCGGGGGGUGGGCCCGCGCCCCACCCCGUGCCCGCCUCGCGCUUCCUUCAGGUGUGACUGUGGUUAGGACAGGCGCCAGCACCCUUGCACUCGCCCUCACCUGAGCAGCGGCGCCAGGAACGCCCAGGUACCCCGAGAGCGCUCCAGUUUUGAUCACUGGCUUUUAUAGACUAUUUUAAUAUUCGCGGGAGGGGGAGGGAAGCAGGCA